AUGAUUAGACGGCAGCCCACAACAAUUAGUUUAACAGCAGAAGAUUUAGCAGAACUGGAGGGAGAACUGGAAGAAUCCAAAUUACAGCGCGAGUUAAAGGCCCAGCAACGUAAUCUUCUUCGUUCUUCAGCUGUUGUUGCCAAUCACAGUAGUAGCGAGAGACCAGUAGUGCCAACAGGAGGAACACACGAGAGUCCGCUUGGAAAAAUAUCGCCGCGCGUUCCUGGUGGAGAAACCCAAAGACCGCCCUCAGAGAGCUUUAAUGGCAGGGCAGAGGGCCCUAGUCUAGCAGGAAACAAUCCGUUCUACACGGAGAGAUAG